GUCAUUGAGCUUAUGUAGGAGUAUGAAUAGCGAGAGCUCUCAUCAGGAUGAUGGUCGGCGGCCGCCCCCAAACUAUACCCUGCUUAGGAAAAUGGCGGUGGUUGACUUCGAGGGAUCCUCUGACCCCGACAUGGUCGAUGCAUGGCUGUUGAAGCUCACUCGGACUUUGGAUGAGCUCCAUAUUGAUAAUGAUGGGGAUAGGAUCGCCAUGGCUAUCCACGUGCUCCAGGGAACUGCUAGGGAUUGGUGGCAUCUCCAGCCGGAGAGUGAAGUGGUACCUCUUGAGAUCACCUGGAACCAGUUUGUGAAGAUGUUCCUCGAUGAGUGCAUCCCCCAAACAGUCUGGGACGAUAAGAGGGAGGAUUUCAUGAAAUUGGAGAAGCAGUGGGGGCAGGGUGCCCACGAAUCCUCACUGCCUUCCGCCAAAAAUCAUCGCCAUCUCCAAAUUUCUUAACCGCAAAACCAUUUUAUCACCCGCGACCAUCUCACGACCAAAGGAGUCGGAGCCCGCAGAUCUGAAUCGACAUCACGACCCAUUUCUCUUCACCGUAGUCCCUUCUACCUUCCUUAACCCAGAUUCCAAAACCCUUUUAUUAUUUUCCCCAAAUCUCAUCCUGCUCCCAUCUCCACCCUAUUCCUUGCUACAGCCGCCAUCAAUUCGACGUCCAGCAUCCCGUCGCCUCGUUGGACCUUCGCACCGUCGUUGCAAGCCCGACGUCAUCGGCCUUCUAUCCCUCAAUCGUCAUCAGCCUUCGAAAAUCCCACUUCUAGAUCUUCAUUCUUGUCAACUCAAACCCAAAAUUUUCAUAAGCCCAGCCGACGGAUCUAGAUUAGAAAAAGAAAUCAUCGCCACUGUUGUUGUUGCUGAACGUCGGCUGCGAAGAAACUCGACACUGUUGUCAGGAAAGAAAUUGACAGUCUGGCA